AUGGAAAUUACUCAAAUGCAAAUGCAAAGGCAAAUGUCGAUGGGUGUCCAAGUGAUUCCGGAACAUGUGAAAGUUGUGUAUCUGAAUGAGAAAUACAUGUACAACUAUUCCUCCUUCGUCAAACGCUACAGUCGCAGGAGCCCGCACUACAUCAUUGUGGACACUGCUCUUAAAUACGAGUGGAACAACAACGUUACGACGAAUAUAGUCUGCAACGAAUUCCUUCACAACGAGUACCGCCGUUCGUUCAUAGAACUACACUACAAAUAUUGCGAUAUGUUGAAAUUUGAAAAAUAUGUUGGUGCCCGCUUCGCCGACUUUGGAUUUAAAUGCCCUCUUGUGGCUGAGAAACGUUACUUCAUGAACUUUACAACGCCCAUGGAUGAGUUUCCCAACGUGUUUCCAUACGAGCACGCCCGCAUCGACACAGAGUUCACUGUAACAGCAACAGGCGAAAGUAUCCUCAAAAUAUAUUUCUAUGCUCAUUUUAAAAAUAUGGUGGAAAAGCAU